AUGGUACAGAACGAUUUGCGAAAUGUGACCUCUGUCUGUGAGCCACGACAAAAUCUAUCAAGUAGAGGGAUCUUUUUUGAUGAUAAUCCGUUUGAUUUCGCAGUUCCAGUCCUUUGCGCACAACUAUCCAUAUCCGCCUUGAUCAAUGCCUUCUUACAACUUGUUCUUUCCCCAAUAGGUGAAACUGCUUUUAUUUCACAGAUGUGGACCGGUAUUGCAAUGGGACCUUCGAUUCUUGGAAAAUUCGGUGCAUUGGCUGCGACGAUCUACCCCAAAAAAAGUCUGUAUUUAAGUAAAACAUUAGGGAACUUCGCAUGCCUUCUCUUCAUGUUCCUCGUUGGAGUCAAAAUGGAUUUGAGUAUGUCUACAAGUUCCUUCCAUGUUAUUGCAUGCCUUUUAGCCGAUUUAAAUCUUCUUAAUUCAGAGCUUGGCCGAUUGGCUACUUCCUCUUCUAUGCUAAAAGGAAAGCAUUCAGAGAGUUAUUUCAUUUUCAUCUUUCUCAUGAUACUGAUGUGUGCCCUCCUUGGUGAGGUCAAUGGGGUACAUUUCAUGUUGGGGCCUAUGAUUUUAGGCUUGGCUGUACCAGAUGGUUGGCCGUUAGGAUCAGCAAUAGUCGAUAAGCUUGAUUCCUAUGUUUCGUCAAUUCUCUUGCCAAGCUAUUUUGUAUACAGCUGCGCGGCCAUAGAUCUUGCUUUGAUAAAUUUGAAGACUACUGGAAUUGUAGCGAUGUUGGCUUUAUGUAGCUUGCUGGGGAAGUUCAUGGGAACCAUGUUGCCUUCGCUCUACUACAAAAUGCCCAUCAUUGACUCGCUCUGCUUAGGCCUCAUCAUGAGCUCCCAAGGCAUCACUGAUAUGUUCAUUUUACAAAACGGGAUUCUCCUCUUUAUUAUUGACAUCGAAUCAUAUAAUUCACUGAUUAUAACCAUGGUUUUGAUGACGCAAACCCUCACUCCCAUAGUGAAAUUACUCUACAAACCAUCCAAGAGAUACAUGGGCGUCAACAGGAGGAGUAUCCAGCAUACAAUGGCUAAUGAAGAGCUCCGUUUGUUGGCCUGCACUUUCAAUCAAAACAGCACUCCUUCCAUCAUCAAUCUUCUCGAAGUCUCCCAUCCAAUGCUUAGAAGCCCUAUCUGCUUCUAUAUUGUCCAUCUCAUGGAACUACUAGGCAGAUCAUCUCCAAUUCUCGUGGUGCAUCAAAAAGGCAAAAGGAGUUCUAUUCAUUCCCAUCAUUCUGACCACGUAAUAAACGCUUUCCGGCUAUAUGAGCAACAUAGUCGUGGUAAGGUAAUGGUGCAUCCAUUUACGGCCAUUGCACCGUAUGCCACAAUGCAUGAUGAGAUAUGCAACCUUGCUUUUGAGAAGAGAGUAUCAAUGGUGAUUAUCCCUUUUCAUAAGCGCUGGACAUUGCAUGGUUCAGAGGAGUGUGACAACCCCAUAAAAGCUGUCAACUUCAAAAUUCUUAAGAAUGCCCCAUGCUCAGUCGGAAUCUUGGUGGAUAAAGGGACAUUAAGUGGGAGGAAUUUAGGGAGUCGAAAACCUUUGUACAGUAUUGGAAUGAUCUUUGUGGGAGGGCCGGAUGAUCGCGAAGCAUUAACAUAUGCCAUGCGCAUGGCGGAACACCCCAAAGUUAGCCUUACAGUUAUUCAGUUGGUUCAGCCUCAUAAAAAGAGUAAGGAGCUUGAUUUUGAUAUUAUCAAACGGUUUAAGAUGCCUAAUAUCCAUCAAAAGCACUAUUUAUAUAGAGAGGAAGUUGUAAAAGACAGUGUGGAAAUGAUAAAUGUGAUUAAAUCACUAGAAAAUCUUUAUGAACUAAUUUUGGUAGGAAGACAGCAUGAAAGUAAUUCGCCAUUGUUCAUGGGACUUACUUUAUGGAAUGAGUAUCCUGAGCUAGGGUACUUGGGGGACAUGCUAGUGUCAUCAGAGUCUGAUUGGAAGGUAUCAGUGUUGGUGGUGCAACAAUAA